GUAGUAUCAUGUUCGGUAAAGUCGGUUACCAUCAACUGUUGACUUGCAUUCAUUUAUUACUUUAUACAGAUAUAAAUAUGUCACAUUCCUCUGAUGAAGAAGAUGGUUUUGCUGGUGAUUUGUUUGGUGUAGAAGAUGAACAAGAUGUACCUCAAAUUGAGCCUACAUUUGAAGUAUACAAAAGAGAAACUACAUCACAAGAUAGUACACCUAAAGAAUUGACCAUCAAGCUUGUUGGAUCUCAUCCACUUUGGGCACAUCAUUUAUGGAAUGCUUCUAAAGUAUUUGCUUCCUUAUUUGAUACUAAUCCACAACUUGUAAAAGGAAAAUAUGUGUUGGAGUUGGGUGCUGGAGGGGCUUUACCUAGCUUAGUAGCAGCUCUUAAUGGAGCCUCUAAAGUCGUUGUGACAGACUAUCCUGAUAAAGAACUCAUUGAUAAUAUCCAAUAUAAUGUAGAUCAUAACAUUCCUCAACUUCACUCAGUAGUGGUAGAAGGUUAUGUUUGGGGUACAGCAACUGAUAAAUUAAAAAGUCAUUUACCUACAUCACAAAAGACAUUUGAUGUCUUGAUCUUGAGCGAUUUAGUGUUUAAUCAUUCACAACAUCACGCUAUGCUCAAGACAUGUCGAGAAUUAUUAACACCAAAUACAGGUCGUGUCUAUGUAUUUUAUACACACCAUCGCCCUCAUUUAGCUCAUCGAGAUUUAGAGUUCUUUGAAAUUGCAAAAAGACCUGUACGUGAUGAUGUAGAUCCAGAAGAUAGAGAAUUAUUAGGUUAUGGUUUUAAAGUAGAUCAUUUUAUGACACAAAGAAUGGGAGUUAUGUUUAAAGAAGAUCCAGGAGACGAGGAAGUACGGGCGACUGUACAUGGUUGGCAAUUAUGGUUAGAAGAAUAAUGUUAUAUAAUAAAUAGAUAGAAUAAUCAUUUCCUCUCCCUCCCUCUCUCUCUCUCUUUUCCUUUUCCCUACUCCCCCUCCCCGCUUUUUUUUUAUUUUUUUAUGUUUUAUAUGUUUACAAUGAUAUCCCUUAUAUAGUAACAGUUCCUGGAUUUUUAAGCAUUAUCAAUCUUCUCGUUGUAUUUUUCUUUUCCCUUUAAACUAAUUUCCAAAAUUAGUUACCUGUGUGACGCCCUUAUGCUUAACUCUAUUUGGAAAAAAUCAUGCUUUUUUUUUUUAUAUACAAAUAUAU